AUGCGUUACUUUCCAUUAACUUCAAGAUUGAAAAGAUUAUACAGUUCAAGAAUUACAGCCAAAGAGAUGGUAUGGCAUCGUACUGGGUGUGUGAAAGAAAAUGGUGUUAUGCGUCAUCCUGUUGAUUCCGCCGCGUGGAAAAACUUUGAUAGCAGACAUCCGGACUUUGCAAGAGAUCCACGGAAUGUGCGCUUAGGCUUGGCUGCCGAUGGAUUUAAUCCUUUUGGAAACAUGAGCUUAUCGUAUAGUAUGUGGCCUGUAGUUUUGGCGAAUUAUAAUUUGUCACCAUGGAUGUGUAUGAAGGAUAACAAUUUCUUGUUGACUCUCCUUAUUCCCGGACCUAAAUCACCUGGUAAAAACAUGGACGUAUUCUUGAGGCCUUUGGUGGACGAGCUGAAGGAAUUGUGGACUAACGGGAUUAAGACAAGAGAUGCGACAAGCAAUUCAAUGUUCAAGAUGCGUGCAGCUCUUCUUUGGACAAUUAAUGAUUUUCCCGCUCGCAGUAGCUUGUCUGGAUGGAGUGGCCAAGGAUAUAAAGCUUGUCCUACAUGCAAUGAGGAUACUAGUUCUAUUCGAGUGAUUGGUAAGACCUCUUACGUUGGCCAUAGACGUUUCUUGCCAUCCAAUCAUCGUAUGAGAAAGGACCGUGAAUUUGAUGGAAAAGUUGAAAAGAGGCUUCCUCCAAGACGAUUUACUUGUUUAGAGAUAUUAGAACAAGUGAAUGCUAUAUCAGAACGAGCUCCGAGGAAACGAAAAAGAGGUGAGACUGAAAGUAAUUGGAGGAAAAAAAGCAUCUUUUAUGAACUAGAGUAUUGGAGUACCAAUGAGCUGAAACACAACAUAGACGUUAUGCAUGUGGAGAAGAAUGUUUGUGAUAGUAUCCUUGGCACCCUCUUGGAUAAUGACAAGUCUAAAGACACCACCAAUGCAAGACAAGAUUUGAAAAAUAUGGGAGUUCGUCAAUCCUUAUGGAUUUACGAAGAUGCUCACAAAAGGUUGCUAAAACCCCAUGCCCCUUAUGUAUUGACUGCUGAAGAUAAGCAAUUAUUUUGUAGAUUUUUUAAAGAAGUUAAAUUGCCAGAUGGGUUUUGUUCGAACUUGAAGAAGAAAGUAACUGACAACAAUAUUGUUGGAUUGAAAUCCCAUGACUGUCAUGUUAUCAUGCAACGGACAUUGAAUGUAAAAGACAUGGAGAAGGCACAAGGAGACCUCAUUCAACUUUUAUGCAAAAUGGAGAGGAUUUAUCCUCCAGCAUUUUUUGAUAUCAUGAUACAUUUGGUACCACAUUUGCCUGAGGAAGCCAUAUUGGGUGGGCCAGUUUUUAUGAGAUGGAUGAAUAAAGCACGCCCAGAAGGAUCUAUUGCUGAAGGAUAUGUUAUAGACGAGGCUUUGACAUUUUGCUCCAUGUACUUCAAAGGUGUGCAUACAAAAUUCAAUUGUCCUGAGCGCAAUGAAGAUGCUCCUCUUCUAUCUCGGUACCUAACAGUUUUCAAAUCUCAAUGUCGUCCACUCGGAAAACAAACAAUAAUACCUCUCGACGAGAAGACUCGCAAAAGAGCUGAGUGGUACAUACUAGAGAAUUGUACUGAGAUCGAUUUUUAUAUGAAAGAGCAUCUCGAAGGAAUCAGACGGAGGGACCCGAACGCUAACCAUAACCUUUUACAUAAAAAAGAAUUUCAGUCGUGGUUUCAUGAGAAGAUUUUCAAUUUGUAUAAGCCCGGGUCAUUAGAACAUAGUGAUGAAUUGCUAGCUUUAGCAUCUGGGUCUGAUUUCGUUGUGUAUUCAUAUCCGGGACAGAAGGUUUUGACUAUUAUGGGGAGCUUGAAGAAAUAUUGCAUUUGA